UAGAAAACUGUUAUCGACGCAGGUAAACGAACGAGCGAAUUUUGUUGAUAAGUAAAAUAUUCUACCGAAAAUAAAUCACAAUCAUUUACAUACCUCCAUCUACACAGACUGUGCGUCUGGCUUAUCAUUAUCAGCUCGCAUUGUUACUAAACUAAAUAAUAAAAUAAGCAACGUAAUCCUAACAACUAACUUAGUACAGUGGCUUCAACCGUGUGUUUUCUAAAGCAGUUUUCUGAUCUUCUCUUAGUGCUAUCAGAAUCAAGUGAACGCUACCUAGUGUGCAUUCUAAACUUUAUUGUGAAGUGUUGUGAUCUCUGGCUAGGCGAGCUCUAGCAUGGCGGCUCUAGAGAGAGCCCUGUCAGCCCUGGGGCCCUUCGGUCUCUACCAGCGCUACAACCUGGUGCUGCUCUGCCUCCCGAACCUCCUCGCAGCCAUGUAUUCCCUCAACUAUGUCUUCGUCGCAGACCAGGUGCCUUUCCGUUGCGUGGUGCCGGAAUGCGAGGCAGUCUCCGAAGCGUCGUACAGCGACAACGUGACGUCAUGGCUGCCUGCAGGACAGUGCUCCCGCCCCGCACCCCUCCCAGACUUGCCGCCCUCGGCUGACUUCUGCAGUGAGCUGAACUACCACCCGAACGACACGGUGGCGUGUGAACAUGUCGUCUAUGAGAAUCUGGAUACCACAUAUUCAGAGUUCGACCUGGGCUGCCGCGGUUGGCUGCGCACUCUGGUGGGCACCGUGAGGAAUGCGGCCCUCCCGCUGGCACUGCUGCUCACCGGAUACGUGUCUGAUGGCUACGGGCGCCGCACUGCGUUCUGCAUCAUGUCGGGCUGCGCGGGCGCACUCGGCGUGAUCAAGUCCUUCUCCGUCUCCUACCCCAUGUACCUGGCCGUCGAGUUCUUUGAGGCCGCCCUGGGCUACGGGUUCAACAGUGCCGGAUAUGUUAUGAUGGUGGAACUAGCGCGGCCAUCGCAGCGCGCAUACUUCGCGUGUUCAACCGGAAUAGCCUACGGUCUGGGCGGCGUGCUGUUUGCAUGGAUAGCGUGGCGGGUGCCGGCGUGGCGGUCGCUGCUGCGAGUGAUCCACGUGCCGGCCCUGCUGCUGCCGCUGUACUGGCUGCUGAUCGAUGAGAGCGCACGCUGGAUGCACGCGAAGGGCGAUGCUGAAGGAACGGCUAGGGUUAUUAGGAAGGCUGCUAGGUGGAAUAAGGUCCAAGUCGACGAAGAACUGAUGAAGGAGCUGGCCAAAGAAUCAGAAACGGCAAAGGAAGAGGCGGAAUCUGAAGGGAGCGCGUGGCUCAGCCUGGUUAAGUCCAGAGUCCUGAUGUGGCGGAUGACGGCUUGCUCUUGGUGCUGGAUUUGCACCACGUUUGUCUACUACGGUUUGACGAUAAACUCUGUGUCUCUGUCUGGGAACAAGUAUACGAACUUCGCACUCAAUAUGGGGAUGGAGAUCGUGGCGUCCCUGAUACUGAUGAUGUCGCUUGAGAAGUUUGGCCGGAAACGUUCGAUCUUCGCCGCGUUUCUGCUGUGCGGUGUCGCGUGUGUCAUUCCGUAUUUUGUUGCCCACACCCGCGCCGGCUUCGGCCUCUUCUUCGUGGGCAAGCUGGCCAUCACGUUCGCGUUCAACUCCGUGUACGUGUACACCUCGGAGCUGUUCCCCACGCGGGUCCGCAGCAGCGCGCUGGCCGCCUGCAGCCUGGUCGGCCGCCUGGGCUCCGUGCUGGCCCCGCAGACGCAGCUAUUGGGUCUAUACGUGCAAGCGCUGCUCUACGGAGGCGGCUCUCUAUCGGCGGCUCUCCUAGUGCUGCUCAUCCCAGAGACCAGACGAGCCGCGCUGCCCACUUCACUGCGAGGGGCUGAGGACAUGAGGCGAAGACAACGGACACCCACGCCGCCGCCGCCGCCGGUAGCUGUCAGGCAGAACACUGUUGAAUCUGAGACUUAGCGAGUUGGAGGACUAUCUGUCUUGAAUACCUGAGAAUCAUUAUGGAAUGCAGCUUUGUGAUUGGCUGAAUUGUCGCUCAGUUCAUUCUUAGAUAGAUUUUCUUAUGUAAGAAUCUUGGUCUAUGUGAGAUGAAUGAUUGUAUUGUUGCUAGUCACGUUGCGUUGGAAGAUAACAUUUAUCUUUAUCUAGUGUAGAUGAAGAGCUGGGUAUG